AUGGGGCCUCCGCUAUCCAAACACGUAUAUGUCGCUGAAGGGGAGUCCAAGACGCGGAAUUUACUAGAUGGAGGUAACGAUUCGAUGUUCAACCGGAACAGGAAGGACAUAUUCUUCGCCGUCCGGAAUGAGUUGCCAACUCCACCUCCUACUACCACCUCUUCUGAUCGAUGCAACUACAAUCUGUGGUGCGAUUACCACAAAGAACACGGCCACACUUUGGCCCAAUGCCGCGAACUCAAACGAAUCCUACAUCAACUGGCCGAUGAGGAAAAAUUGUCCAGGUUCAUCAACCGGAAGGACUUUGACGCAAGAAGAAAAACGGAAAGGAAGCCGUGGAAUCAAAGACGCAGAUCCCCCAAGAGGGAUGAGGCAAGUCGCGAAAGUUCCAACACACAAGGAACUAUCAACAUGAUUUUUGGAGGAUACACUGAAGAAUAUCCUACCAUCCGCGCCGCAAGAAAUAGCGUCCACACCCUGUUAAAAGGACCUCCAAAAGCCACAUCAAGCAGACCGACCAUGAGGUUCGAUGCCACGACCUCCCAAACGCUGCAACAACCACAUACUGACCCUCUGGUGGUCACCCUCAAAAUCGGGCAAAUGAAAGUCAAGAGGGUACUGGUAGACACCGGAAGCACGACUGAUCUUAUAACGAUGGAAUGCUUGAAUAAGAUGAAGUUCGAAGAAAAGCACUUACAACCCCUUGAUAAACCCUUGAUCGGGUUUGGGGGAAGUCAGGUCAUUCUACUAGGCACGAUCAUUCUCCCCAUGCGGGUAGGGGAAAGAAAUGAAAGCAGAACCGUGCCCAUACAAUUCACGGUGGUGGAUCUCACAUUCCCCUUCAACGCCAUCAUGGGGCUUCUACUCAUCAACAAGAUCAAAGCCGCAAUCUUCCCUCAUCAACUCCUGCUACAAUUUGAGCGGGAUGAUGGACAAGUGGGUAUCCUCAAAGGGGAUCAGGUGACGGCACGCCAAUGCCUCAUCAACACCUUAAAACGAGGAGCUUCCAUCACCCCCUCCAAAAGGGAAAGGGAAGAACAUUCAGCCUUUGAGCCUUCAUUCCAUUGA